CGAUUGUCAACCUGGCCUCAUUAUCAUAAGCAAACAUUUUACCAAUUGGGUACGUCUUGAUUUGAGUGCGAAACACUCUAGGAUAAAUUUCCCUUUACUUUGUUUACAUGUUCACCGUUUUGAUUUGCACGUAAAGUAAUGGAAGAAGAAAAUACUCCAAACAAUGAAAUGGAAGUUGACAGAGAAACAGGACAUGAUGGCUUUAUAUCCAGUGGUGAUGAAUUGGAGCCAGAACAACCAGCAGAUCCAGUCGAAUCCGUACAGCUUGUUAUAGUCGAUCCUCAGGCUCUGGAUGUGGAUUUCAACCAUGGACGCAUUGCAAAAAUAGAAAACCUUGAACGUCUUACACAAGUGGAGAAUUUGUGUUUAAGACAGAACCUGAUAACUAAGAUCGAAGGUCUGUCCACUUUGACAACUUUAGUGGAUUUAGAUUUAUAUGACAACCAGAUCACAAAGGUAGAAAAUCUUGAUGCUCUAGUGAACUUGACGAGUUUAGACUUGUCGUUUAAUCGAUUUGGAAAGAUAGAGAAUUUGAAUACCCUUGUAAACUUGAAAAAAUUGUUUCUAAUUCACAACAAGAUAACAAAAAUAGAAAAUAUAGAUCAUCUUACUCAACUAGAAAUGUUAGAACUUGGUUCGAACAGAAUAAGGACAAUUGAGAAUAUAUCAACUCUGAUUAACCUUACCAGUUUGUUCAUUGGCAAGAAUAAGAUCAACAAGUUAAAAGGUCUAGAAACCCUGGUCAAUCUACGAACACUUAGUAUGCAGACCAACAGAAUAGUGAAAUUGGAAGGACUGGAUACACUGGUGAACCUAGAAGAACUCUACCUCGCAGAUAAUGGCAUUGAGAAACUAGAAGGCUUGGAUAAAAAUACAAAACUGAACACUCUAGAUUUGGCUAACAACAGAAUAUCUCAGAUAGAGAAUCUUGACCAUCUAGAGGAGCUGCAGGAAUUCUGGUUUAAUGAUAACAAAGUGAGUGCAUGGAAGGAAAUAGAGUCGUUAGUUCCUCUGAAAAAGUUAGAGACAGUCUACCUGGAGAGAAACCCAAUUUAUUACGACGCUGGCGACAAGUUGAAGGCUGAUCCAAGUUAUAGGAGGAAAAUCAAGCUUACGCUGCCAUGGAUUAAGCAAAUAGAUGCAACCAUGGCACAGAGCAUGGUGGGCUGAAAUAUUGACAAGUGUCUUAAACAGUGUCGAGUGUGUUGUUUUUAGUAUUGAAUAUAGUUUUAUUUUAAUAUAGUUUCUUACAAGUUCACUAGCAUCAUUGAUAGACUGGAUGCAUUAACAUUUCAGACUUGUUUAAAAGUCAUUAUCAGGAAAUAUGACAUAAAAAUGCUGUCUUUGUAGCAGGUUGAAGGAUAAAUAAUAUUGUCUUGCAGUUUGGUAUCCUUAUAUAUUUACCAUGACAGCAGUUUAGAGGGAAAUGUUUCCUUUACAGUUUAAGAUACCUGAUGUAUUUUCAUAAUGAAAAAAAAAACUAACUUCUGUGAUGUUGAAUUAUUGAUAUUGUAAAUUUGACUUAUUUAACUGCUGAUUUCAGCAUUUACUUUAACAUUUUAAUAAAAUUGAAUAUUUUGUUACUCCCAGGCCCAAUAGGUAUCCCAUAUGUCAGAAUAGAAACUCUUUUCAUUAUCUGUUAUCAUUUUUUUCCCAGUCAUAGAGUCAUGUAAGAUUUAAAAUAUGUUAGUUUUUCCUAUUGUUUAUUGAAAAGUUCGUUGAAUUUGCCAAGUACAUUUAUUAUUACAUAAUAAAUACAAUUAAUUCAUGUCCGCAGUACCAGUAUUUCUUAACAGUGAUUUUUUUCUCCAUAAUCUAUGUUUUAUUAGUCAGUUCUUAUCCCAAUAACCUCCAAAAUGGACCCUAAAAAUUGCACUGUGCAGUCUGAUCAGGAUCCAUACUGUUCGCUAUCAGUUUCUUUACUUGUUAUAUGGUCUGUAAGCGAACAGCAUGGAUCCUGAUCAGACUGCGCUGGUCGCAAACCCAUUAUGUUGGUUUUGUCAUGACACGGCUCAUUUGUAUACACUAAAUUGUAAUUCAUAAAUCAUAACUUUAAUGUCAGUUGUAUAAUACAUUUGAUUUAAUCAACAAAUAAUUGUUCCUGUAUUUUGUUAUGAAUGCAUGUAUAAUUUUUAGCGUGAGUGCCAUAAAAGAUGUAGAAAAUUUGUUUUCUUAUUUAUUAAUAAGGGUUCCCGGAUUCCCUUGUAUCUUAAAGCUGUUUCUUAAAUGUAUACAAUGUAUACCUGCCUGUAACACUCGUAAGAGGGGUUGGCAGUAUCCAGAGAUAGAUAGAUAGAUAUUAAACCUUUAAUUUUACCUGACCUAUUUCUAUACAUGCUUAAAACUGAUUUUGUGCCAAAAUCUUUUGCUUCAAUUUUUUUUUAGUUUAUUAACUGGCAAUGAACUAAGUAGCAAAAAAUGAAUAAUGUUAUUUUAUGUGAAUUGAUUAUUUAUUUGUUACAUCAGUAAUCCUUCACUAAAAUCUUGAAAUCUUUACUCAAGUUCAAUUAUUUCAUAAAAAAAAACUUGUUCAUAGAAAAUUUUAUCAACACUAUUAUUACAAGUAUUCAAAUUUUCAUUUUAGUAUGGAAUAUAUUAUUCUCACAUAAAUAUUGAUAUUUAAUUUUAUUCAGGUCGAGAUUUUGAUAUUUUCAUAUGGAGUGUUCAGUCAAAAUUUUGUUUGUAGAAUCAUUUUUUGUUUGUUCUAGCAAAUUUUUCUCAUCGCUACAUAGUCUUUAUAACUAGAUGAUUCAAUAUUGAAAAUUCUCACAUGAAAAAGUGUUGAUUUCUUAAACGAAGGUAAACAUUAAAAUGUUUUCUUAAUUUUUAGUGUUUUAUAAAAAAUGAAAUUUAUUUCAUGUAUCAAACACAAAGUCAAAAUAAAAAUCAGUCUGUUUGAAAUAUUUUUGGUGCUCUAUUUCAGUGGAAACGAAAUAAUUUUCAAACAUUUCACACAAGUUUUUUUUAUUUUUUUCUUGUGAAAUAUAAUGCAUAAAAAAGAACUGUAUAUGAUGGUUAGACCCAGGUGAAAGAUUUAGUUGCAAAUAAUCAUAUUGCCUGACACUAGAGAUUAAUUUUACCAGGAAGUAUAUGAAAGCUUAAAUUAGAAGCUUAGCAGUAUAUGAUCCAUAAUUUAGCUUGGCAUUAUCAUUUAUAGGUUGAUUUUCACCGUUUUGUUUAAAGGGACUCCACUCAGGUUUUUUUUACAUGACAGGACUGGAAAUAAUUUUUUCAAGAUAAAUGUUCCAUUUGAUGCAGGUCUAGAGACCAAUAUAAACUUGUGAGCAAAUUUCAGACCAUUCACGUUCUCCUUUUUUUCAGAAUAAAUACAGAAUGAUAAAGAAUAAAUGUAUUUUAAUUGUGAAAAAUGACCAAAAAUUGGAAACCCUUGCAAUGAUUUUUACUCAAAUUGGAUGAAGAAUAGCAGAAAUAUAUAAUUUUCAAUAUAUAAUUCGUAAUCAUUUUUUGCAUACAGUAUCUUUUUUUAUCUAUUUUUUUUUCUUUUUUGAUUUUAGACCUCAGUGGAGUUCCUUUAACAUUGCAACAUAUUUGUUGUAUCUCACUGAUGUAACCAAGCACUGUAUUAAAUAUAUCGGAACAAAAUGUAAA